UUAAAUUUUUUUUGUUGUUUUUCUGUCUUUUAUCUUUGUGUAAAUUUUAAAACUAUUUUGAUAACAAAAUACUGGGAAAGCCUAAAACAUUUAUUUUCUCUCUGCUAAGAUUUAUAACACUGAGCUGUUAUGGACUACAACAUGUCAACAUGAGAGAUAUAACAGAUUAUAUUCGUCAAUAAUGGAAGGAUGGGUGAUUCUUAAUUAGUAAAAUAAAGAUCUGAACAAUUACUUGUACUGUCGUAAAAUUAGCAACACUGUGUGACAUUCCUCUAUUCCAGCUACCUUCCUUGUGGGUCUCUUUCCAGACUGAAGAACUGCUUCAGAUUCAGCAACGUAAACGUGAUUCUAAAUAUCUAUACAUCUUUUUAAUUAACUGUUUUUUACUACUAUCUCAUAGCCAUUUUGAACAUGAAGAUGGUAAAAAAGCAACAUAAUUUUAUGAACAGUGAAGCAUAGGGAAUGGAAACUAUUACAUUGCAAUAAAGAAGGACCGGGAACCCAGGUACUUGUUAAAGCUGCAAUAAAAGGGAGACCACCAUGGCGACAGUUCCUGGUUAUUCCCCAUCUCUGUGGGUGAGGUUAUGCCACGCCCUGCCACGCUUGGACCUUACAUUGCAGAGCCGUGACAACGUGUUCACUCCUGACAGCUGGGAGUAUCAGCAGACCCUACUGGUUCUGUCAAGUCUGUCAGCCAUCGCUCUAGUUCUCUCUCUUCUUGUUGUCCUCUCCUUCCUCAUUCACUACUGCUGCUGUCAUCGUGGAGACAGCAGUUCGGGUUCAGAGGAAGAGGAAGAGGAAGAUGAUACCAGCGGGGCACAUGGGUAUAGUGGAAAAAAGGGGCGGGGCAUCUGCUGUGUCACCUGGGUCUCAGUAGCUGCUGUCACUAUCUGCUGCGUUGCCAUCGGUAUUGGUUUCUAUGGCAACAGUGAAGCAAACGAUGGGAUGUAUCAGCUGACAUCAUCACUUCUCACAGCCAAUUAUACACUGGCCUCUGUCAAUCACCUGGUUUUAGACACUGUCACAGGACUGCAGCUGUCCAUCACAGGGCCCCUGACCACCAUGGAGGAGCUGUUUAGUAGCAGCAUGCCGUUCUUGGUAUCUACUCGCACCUGCAGACGCCUGUCGGAAACAGUGGUGGCCCUCCUCUCCUCCCUGACACUGGGACGGCCCUCAGGGGUGCCAUCCUUGAAUAACGGAGCGGGUAACAGCAGCAGUGCCAUCGCCUCUCCUCCAGUCACCCCUGUGCCUCCAUCUCUCUCUCCUCCUGCCCCUCUCCCCACCUCUCCCCUGCCUGGUCCUUUCUCUCCUGGCUGGGCUGCCAACACGCUGAUGGUGAAUGAAGACUACAGGUGGCUGUCUUAUGUAUUGCUGUUGUUGCUGGACCUUGUAGUGUGUCUAUUCAUUCUACUGGGACUGGCCAAGCAGGCACGAUGGCUUCUUAUAUUGAUGACUGUGUUGGCAUGGCUGGCCUUGUUCCUAAGUUGGGGCUCCCUGGGGCUGGAGACUGCUACAGUCGUGGCCGUCAGUGAUUUCUGUUCUGAUCCCAACACCUUUGUUCUGAACUCCACUCAUUUUAAUUCUGGAACCAGUUCAGAAAUACUGGAUUAUUACCUGACCUGCAACAGACGAAUGAACAGCCCUUUCCAACAGCUCCUUACUCAGUCUCAGAGAGCACUGUCCAGUAUUCACACACAUCUCUCCAGCCUUGAACGAGAGGCGCUACCCCAAAUCCCCAAAGCAGAGAGGCCUCUCAGGGAGGUUCAGGAGAUCCUUAAUGCAACAGAGGGGAACUUUCAUCAGCUUGUGGCUCUGCUCAACUGCAGAGGACUUAAUAAGGACUAUGUAGAUUCCCUGAAGGGCCUGUGCUAUGAUGGAAUGGAAGGAUUGCUCUAUCUCUCCCUGUACUCCUUCCUCUCUGCUCUUGCCUUCACUGCCAUUCUCUGCUCUUUGCCUGGGGCUUGGAGAAGCUUCCCCAGUGAUUUAGAAGAAUACGAAGACUCCGACAGUGAGAGCGAGGACCCCUUCACUUCCCAUCAGGCACGUAGACAGACGGCCAUGGGCUCUCAGCGUGGGGCUCUCCCCGCCUUCUAUAGUUACCAAGGGGCCGGCUGGACUCCCCCGUUUUCCAGCGCGCCGCCCCUCCCGACUCCAAACGUUUCCUCCAAUGGCAACCCUGGUUAUGAGAGUCUCCCGUUGAUUGACAGGCAAACCCCGCCCCCUUCUUACUCUCCCAGCAUGAUGACUGCUUACGGGGGAAGUCAGUCGACCCCAAACCCUGCCCACUCAAGUAACCUGUAUUCGCACUAAUUAUUUUUAUGUAUAGAGAGUAGAGCAAAUGUAUCUAGUUUUCACAAAAACUGAAACUUUUUUGAUUUAAACAGAUUGAUCACUAUUGAUGAAGCAAAUUAGUAACGUCAUUACCAUUGAUCACUGAUAGAAUUUAUGUAAUUUAUUAAAUCAUCUGCUUAUUAAUGAAUAUUGGACAUAUUUUUUUUUCCAGAGAGCCAGUGUAAAUAGGGGAAUCAGGGAUUUACUAGCCAUUAAUGCUUUCACUGUAUUGAAGUGACUAUUUUAUGUCCUAGUCUGUCUCUCUGGAUCACCUACAGACCUAAUGGUAGUGACGUUACUUGUAGUUCUAUAUUUGUUAAUGUACCACCAGAUGACUUAUGUUUUUAUAGUGUGGUAGAAGGCCAGAAACAUAGAAACAAUGACACGUUUUCAGUGUUACCAGUUUGUAGUUUCCUCACUUGAUGCUCAUACUUUUUUUCUUACUUCUGCAGGCAAUACAACAUAAUGUACAAUUUCUUACACUGAACAUUUUGUUCAUACAUUAAUGACCAUGAUGGCUCUCACUUAUAACUUUCAGUUGUGGAGAAAAGCAUGCAGUCUUUCAGCUGACUAAGUGGGGAACUAGUGUACAACUGCUAAAAAAAAAAAAAAUAGCACUAUGACUACUAAGUAUGCGAUGCAGUGGCAUAAGCUGUAAGAGAAACAGAACAGAGCUCUGUGGUGUCUGUGUUUGCAAUGUUCUCUAUUAUAUCUUGUGUUGGAGAUUGCACUUAACCCCACUGCCAUCAACCGUGUUGAUCCUUAAACUGAGUUUAUAUUGUAUUAAUGCUCCUUUUGAAUGACAUCCUUUUUCACUCCAGAAUAUUAUAAAAAAUAAUAAAAUGUCAUGGAAAAUGUGGAGGUCGCAAAUCUUUUUUGAUUAAUUAAUGGAUUAUCAUUGCCCUACAUUAAAUAAGCCAAACAGAGACAUAAUUUCAUAUAAAUAUUUGUUUAUUGUUUGUGUUUCCUCUGAGCCCAAGUGAGUGUGUGAAAGACCUCUCAUUUGCUGUAAAAUGCAUAGUAGGAUGGGUACGGAGACCUACAGACAAUUACUGAAACUUGUGCAAUGUCCGGUGGGUACAUUGCACUUCUGUGCAUAGAUGGAUAAAAUAAAGAUUUCUUUGCAUGUACAUUAACAGCGCUCUGCAUAGAUGCAUCAACAGACAAAAA